GCAAAAGUGUAGGACUUGAGGAGGAGGAGGAGGAGGGAAAGUGGGAAGAAAAAGGGAGGAGGAGAGAAAAGGAUCCGGAGAAAAAUUGGGAACAUUUUGAAAAACAAACAAAAAAAACUCCUCUUUGAACGUUAGGAAAGUCAUCAAGCCGCCCGUGUAGCCGUCUAUGGGCCGUCGUCUGGUGGAUUACAUUUGCAAUGAGGAGCGAGCCUGUGCUUUUUACUUCCAGCGGGGCAAUGGAGGAGUUGGUGCACGAGCUCCGCUUGUUCCUCGAACUUCUCGAUCGGGAGUAUCUUAGCGCCGGAAUCCGAGAGAAGAAAACACACCUCUCCAACAUCCUUAACAGAGUCAUCUCCGAGAAAGAAUGUUCUUCCCUAGAGCUGUUACGUAAGCCAGACAUCCACACUGGACUGCCAGCCCCACCUCAGAUGCCACUGCCUGAAAUCCCUCACCCAUGGCUGCCCACAAAUGCCGGCCCGCCACCUUUGCCAAGCUCCUCCCUUCCAGAAGGUUACUACGAGGAAGCCGUCCCUUUAAGUCCUGGGAAAGCCCCGGAAUACAUCACAUCCAAUUUCGAUUCCGAUGCCAUGAGCAGCUCCUACGAAUCGUACGACGAGGAAGAGGAGGAUGACAAGGGCCAGAAGAUGCGCCACCAGUGGCCGUCUGAGGAGGCUUCUAUGGAUUUAGUUAAAGACGCCCGCAUCUGCGCGUUCCUACUGCGGAAGAAACGCUUCGGACAGUGGUCGAAGCUCCUCUGCGUCAUUAAAGAUAACAAACUUCUGUGUUACAAAUCAUCCAAAGACCACACCCCCCAGAUGGAGCUGACCCUGACGGGCUGCAGCAUCACCCAUGUCCCCAAAGACGGCAAGAAGAAGAGACACGAACUGAGGAUUGUCCACCAGGGGGCGGAUGCAUUGGUGCUGGCCGUCCAGAGUAAGGAACAGGCAGAGCAGUGGCUCAAGAUCAUGAGAGAGGUGUGCGGCAGUGGGACGUCUGAACUGGAUCGCUCUGGAUCUCCUGUUUACAAAGCAGAGCUGGAAAAGAAAUCGUCGUGCGACAGACCAAGUUCAGACGGCGAAGCAACGCCCGAGAACGGACAUGUUGACAAGGACAAGGACAACGGGAAAGGAAAGAAGAAUUCCAAGUCGGAGCAGAAGACGGGAACAACUGGAAAGGGCACCGGGAUGAAAAUCACUAAGAUCAUCGGUCUGGGCAAGAAAAAGCCUUCCAUGGAUGAGCAGACCUCGUCAGCGGAGGAAGACGUACCAACUUGUGGGUACCUGAACGUGCUGUCCAAUAACCGGUGGCGGGAGCGUUGGUGCCGCCUCAAAGACAACCAGCUGCUCCUCCACAAGGACCAGGACGAUCUGAAGAGCCACAUCGCUUCCUUGCCUCUACGAGGCUGUGAGGUCAUCCCAGGCCUCGACCACAAACACCGCUUUGCCUUCCGCUUGCUCCGCAACGGACAGGAAGUGGCCGUACUGGAGGCGUCCUCAUCUGAAGCCAUGGGCCGUUGGCUGGGGGUCCUGUUGGCGGAGACCGGCUCCACCGCAGACCCGGCCACAUUGCAUUACGACUACAUCGACGUGGAAACCACCGCUAACGUCAUCCAGCUGGCCAAGCAGUCCCUCUGUUUUACCAGCAAGCGGGCCAUCUCCCCUAACCCGUACUUGGACAACCCGGUCGGCAGCUACGCCUGCCCCAGCGGCACGGCGCUGCACUAUGAUGACGUGCCCAUCGACGGAAUGGUAAAGAAGGUUACUCAAUCACCCAGUACCAGCACAGGGGGGCGUCCGCCACAAGAAGCAGCACUGUACGAAAACACGGCCCCAAACAAGCCCUCUUCUCCUGCUCUUUCUUCUUCUACCUCCACAACUGCUAUGAGUCACUACCAAACACCUGUUUCUAACAUCUCUCCUAAGAUCCUAACUCAUGAUACUAAAAAGCAAUACCCUGCUAAGGUGAAGGGCAAGACAGGAACUGCAACCAACGGCUCAGCAUCCAAACAGAAGGCUGAUCCCAAAAACCUGCAAAAGAAGAACGGACCUAGCGACGUGAACGGGACAGCAUCUCUGAAACGCAACACCUCAAGUGCGGAGCAGGUUAAAUAUGGCAAAAAACGCGUGGAGGCGGAUGCCAAGCGGCUGCAGGCCAAAGAGAACGAGCUGAUGAAAAAGAAACACGAGAUCCGGAACCAUCUGACCAGUCUCAAGCAGGAGAGGAAGGACCUGCGCGGUGCUCUUGAGGGGAUGUCAGGCAAACGAUCGCAGGCCAACUUGACGGAACGCCUCAAGAAGGUGGAGUUGGAGUGCAAACAGAAGGAGGAAGAGCGAGUCAACCUGGAGCUGGAGCUCACAGAGGUCAAAGGCAGCCUGAAGAAGGCCCUGAGCGGCGGAGUCACCCUGGGCCUUACCAUAGAACCAAAAACAGGAUCCUCUGCAGUCCAGUCACCAGCUACAUCACGGCGGGCACAGGAGUCGUCGCCCUUCUCCAGUUGCGACACCAGCGACACCGAGAUGUGCUUGCCAAUUAAUAGCGCAACACUGCUCCGACGCCAACCGCUGGGCAUCCAGAAGGCGUCGCCAGUCCGAGGUCACGUCCUGAGGAAAGCUAAGGAAUGGGAACAGAAGAGUGGAACAUAAAAUUCCUUCACAACAUUUUUUCUUUUUCUUAUGUUGAAAUUGUGUAUAUAUUUAUUUAGAAUGGUUGUUUGUAUUAACCACAAAAAAACACUUUUAUACUGUUGAGCAUGCUUUUUUCUUUCACUCCAGUCAGCAGAUUCAAAUAUUUAUUUGUAAAGUAAAAAACAAGACUAGCUUUCCUGUUAUUUAUGUUGAUAUAUAUUUAAAGUAUAUAUAUUGAAUUUCUUUACAUUUAUUCAGCAAAGUGCUUUUUUUGUGGUUUUGCCACAUGUCUUAACUUUUAGCUUUUGCUUUUAUUCUAAAAAUGGCUCUUAAAAUAACAGAAACACUCUGUAAGAAAAGAAAAAGGGUUUUAGUUUCGUCCAAUUUACCGGCCUCUUACUUCGGAAGUUUUGGGGUCGGGCCGCUUACUUUAAAAACUAUUCGACUGAAUUUACGUUACUUUUUUCAUUUUCAUUGCUGACGUAUUUUCGACUGAGCUGUAAUUGUGGGUAGCAUUAAUUAGCCUAUGUUUUGGGAUCUGGGGGUGCAUUUGGUUCCAUCAAAAACGGGCUACUACACACGAAAUUUACAUUCCAAUCUUUAUUUUACCUGUAGUGGGGUGAAAAAAUGUUUGCACCCUUCCUGAUUUGUCACACUUACAUGUUUCAGAUCAUCAAACAAAUUUAAAUAUUAGUCACUGACAACACAACUGAACACAAAAUGCAGUUUUAAAAUGAAAAUUUUUAAUGAAACUGAAAAAGUGGUUGUCCUCUCCCUGUUAAAACAUAACUUAACAGAGAUUAAUUGGGAUCUAUCAGGGUGGAAAAGGUUAUAAAGCAAUUUCUAAAGCUUUGGGACUCUAGCAAACCACAGUGAGAGCCAUUAUCCACAAAUGGUGAAAAAAUGGAAGAGUGGUGAACCUUCCCAGGAGUGGCCGGUCAACCAAACUGACCCCAAGAGUGCAGCGCCGACUCAUCCAAGAGGUCACAAAAGACCCCACAACAACAUCCAAAGAACUGCAGGCCUCACUUGCCCCAGUUAAGGUCUGUGUUCAUGACUCCACAAAAAAAAAAGACACCGUGCAAAAACAGCCCGCAUUGGCAGAGAUCCAAGACCAAAACCACUGCUGAACAAAAAGAACAUUAAGGCUCGUCUCAACUUUGCCAGAAAACAUCUAGGCUACGUUCACACUGCAGAGUAUGAUGCCCAAUUCAGAAUUUUUGUUUAAAUACGAUUUCUAUAUGUGGUCGUUCACAUUACCAAACAAAUGGGACUUGUUAAUGUGAACACAAAGCACCUGAAAAGUGACGUGCAUGCGUGAAAUCCCAACAUCACAUGCAUUUCACAUGCAUUAGUUUGGUGUGAGAUACCAUUGAUUUCAUUUCCGAUCUGAUACUGGGUACAAUACAGGCUGGUAUCGGCGAUACCAAUCCGAUACUAUGUACAAAUUCACCUAAUGUGUCUGGUAAAUUUUAAAAAGUAGUGUACAGUAUUUUAAAUCGACUUUAAAAGAGCUGGUAUCAGAAGUAUUGAUAUUUCAGUAUCGAUCCUCACAUUACUAGCAUGCUCUCCUUAAAGCGUUUGUGGCAAUUUCAUGGAUUUAGUGCAACGGGAGUCAAUAUUUUCCACAACCAAAUGAUUCCGUGUAAGAGAUUAAGAAGAAAGAAGGCAAGAAUUUUGGAUAUGGCAGUUCGUAGACAACUUGCUGCCACAUCUGUUCCAAGGAGCGUGCGGGUGGAUGUCUGAGGCAAGAGUGGUGAGACAUUGACGAGAGCUGCUUCCCUAACACCUUUAAAAAAAAUAAUAAUAAUAAUUUUUAGAUGAGAAGAACUUUUGCCUACAUUGGUGAGUACCUUUAUCCAAGUACCUUUUGAAGUCUCUGUAAACACGCCCAUACAGUACAUGCCUUUCGAUGACGGUCAGGUCGGACUUAUGCGACCUGACCGUUCAUACUGCAGCCACAUCGCAUACAUAUCGGAUUUACAUCCACAUACGAAUGAGGCCUGAGGCGCAUUUGAAAAAAUCGGUAUUGUGCUGGUCACAUAGACAUGAAAAAAUCAAAUACAGGUCACAUGUGGGCAAAAAAAUCGGAAUUGACCUGUAGUGUGGACAUAGCCCUUGAUGAUCCCCAAGACCUUUGGGAAAAUAGUCUGUGGUUUGUGACAAGGCAAAAGUUGAACUUUUUGGAAGGUGUGGGACCCAUUGCAUCUGGCAUAAAAUUAAUGCCGCAUUUCAGAAAAGAAUAUCAUAAAAUGUGGUGGUGGUAUUGUGAUGGUCUGGGGUUGUUUUGCUGCUUCAAAAAAUCCUGAAGGAGAAUGUCCGGCAAAUCUGUUUGUGACCUCAAGCUGAGACCAACUUGGGUUCUGCAGCAGGACAAUGAUCCAAAACACACCAGCAAGUCCACCUCUGAAUGGCUGAAGAAAAACAAAAUGAAGACUUUGGAGUGGCCUAGUCAAAGUCCUGACCUGAAUCCUAUUGAGAUGCUGUGGCAUGACCUUAAAAAGGCGCUUCAUGCUGGAAAACCCUCCAAUGUGGCUGAAUGACAACAAUUCUGCAAAGAUGAGUGGGCCAACAUUCCUCCCCAGCGCUGUAAGAGACUCAUUGCAAGUUAUCACAAACGCUUGAUUGCAGUUGUUGCUGCUAAGGGGGGCCCAACCAGUUAUUAGCUUUAGGGGGCAAUCACUUUUUCACACAGGACCAUGUAGGUUUGGGUGAUUUUUCUCCCUUAAUAAUGAUAAGUUUCAUUUAAAAACUGCAUUUUGUGUUCAGUUGUGUUGUCCUUGACGAAUAUUUAAAUAUGUUUGAUGAUCUUUGCGUUUGUCACACUAAAGUGACAAACACGCAAAAAAACAGCCAUUUACAUUUCGAUCAAAUUUUUUUUUAAAUUGGUAACUUAUUUUAGACUUAGCCAUAUUUUACUGAGCAAUAAUUUGCAUGGGUUUUUUGGUUCUGGGGGUGCACUUGUCAAAAACGGGUGGUUACCAUCUAAAUGUACGUUCCAAUCUUUUAUCACUUGUUUAUCAGCAGCUUAUUUUUGACUUAGCCAUAUUUUACUGAGAAAUAAUUUGCAUGGGUUUCGGGUUCUGCGGGUGUGUUUGGUUCUGUGAAAAACCGGCGGCUACUGACUAAUUUACAUUUAGAGCUUUUUUUUUUUUUUUUUUCUUAAUUUUAACUUAGCUGUAUUUUACUGAGCAAUAAUUAUACAUUUCAGGGGCUGGGGUAAUUUUGGUUACGCCAAAAAGGGUCAGUUUUAGUUUAGCCUUAAAGCCUAAAUGUCUUAACAUACUUUAUGACUUCCAAUCAUUUUGGGGUUUGUUUGGUUUUUUUUUUAUCAGCGGCUUAUUUUCAAUUUUGCAAGCCUGGAACAACCAUGGCUAAUUGUCAUUAAGUUUUUGGGUCAAGAGACAGGAUUGGUUCAGUCAAACACCAGCAGCUACCAACUAAAUUUAUAUUACGAUUUUUUUAGGGUUUUUUUUUUUUGUUUGUUUGUUUGUUUUUUUUUUUUUGUCUCUGACUUUAUUUUGAACUGAACUAGCCUGGACUGACUGUCGCUAAUUUGCAUAAUGUUUGAGGUCAGGGGCAUGUUUGGUUCGGUCAAAAACGGGUGUACUGUAAAAAAAAAAAACCUAGCUGAGUUUUCAUGUUACAUUCCACUUUUCUAGAUUUCAAUAAAUAUACAUAUUUUCAACGUAACCGUGUUUGACAGACACACUUUUGUCAUGGUAACGUCAAUUUCCAGUUUGUCAGUUUAUUAUCGCAAUAACAUCACAUGAUGAGACUUUUCAUACACUCCGUUAGUUGUUUAUUACCGAUGUAGCCGUGUUGUACUGAGCAGCCAGGACAGCUGUCGCCAAUUUGACAAUUCUAAACCUCUUUUGUUCUUCUCAUUGUGUUGUCUAAGCUUGUAAUAAAAAAGAAUUGGCGCUAUUUUGCGCACUUUUCCAUCAGUAAUGUCAACAAAUGUGAAAAUGCUAUUUGUAGCUAAGCUUUGCAUUGUAUUUUAUUUUAUUUUUUGCACCUUAUGAAUAUUUUACUUUAUUUUAUAUCCGACAGUCACCACUUUGGCGACAAUACAAAAUGCUUUGUUUAAAUAUAGAAAUAUUAUUAUAGGAGCAUCAAUAAAUAUCUGCUGAUAUUGUG